AUGGAGGAGGCUGAAUCGGCACCGAUACUGUCCAGAAAAGAGCUGCGUAAACAGAAGCUGAUGGAAUAUUUGGCAGCAAAGGGAAAACUGAAACCACCCGCUGUGACGCCAUCUCUCCAUCAAGACUGUCUGGGUCCAAAACCUAAGUCUUCACUAAAGGUUGCUACUGGAAAAGAAAACAAACCCUCGGCUGACAAAAUCAAAUAUAAAGGCUCAAAAAGUCAACCUUUGACCGCUCCAUCCAGUCAAGACCCUCUCAGAAAAACAUUUGGUGUCUUUAAUACAGUAAAUGUAAGAGGCGGCACGCUAAAAGGAAAGGAGAAUGCUGUUCGUCCAUCUGCUAGCAGUGCCUCAACGCAGCCUCGACGUAAUCAACACCCAUUACUCACAAAAACGUACACUGUGGUGGCUUCCAAACCCAACGUGACUGCAGCCAGCACCCUGAAAAGCUCAACAAGCACAAGAGGUCAAACUUCAGGCAAAACCUCUUCAAAUGCAGCUUAUACAGUUGGAGCAAAAUCAAAUUCCAAAUCUAGCCUUAGCUCAAUCUGUGCCACAACACAAAUGGCUGAUAGUCGGGUCAGUAUGGGCCCACUUGUCAAAACCAAAACUGGACUCACACCUGCAGUAAUCCAGCCGAGGAACACAAAAUCAGAGAUGUCACAUGCCACCGUGCGUAAAACCGUCUAUACUGCUUCUGUUGUUGCUAAGAAGGUGCAGUUCAGCAGCAGGUCGUCAGCCUCUGUUCCCCAGAGCUCUACUGGGGAGGUUUCUUUAAAUUCGAGAGUUGGAGGUAAAAUUCAAGCUCAGAACAAACCUAAACCUCCUCUGGAUAAACGUGCUCUGCCAGCUCGUAAGGGUCCGUUUUCAGAUGGACUGAGGGUCACCUCUACCUACGUCAAGUGCAACGCACCAACUGUAAAGCCUGAAGGGAAGGCAUUAACCAGUAAAUCAACUGGUCAGUCUGCAAACAGGUCCGUGAAGGUAACAUCUGGCGCUGCUCCCCAAACAUCCUCGAGGUCGAACAGAUUUAGUUCCACAUCUGGCAGCAGGUUUAAACAGGCUGCUGUGACUGAGCUCGCAGGGAAAACCAAGACGAAUAAAGAAGCACUUGGCAAGAAAGAGACAAGUUCUGCAAAAAUCCUUCCACCACAAGCACCUACAAAGCGUGCAUUCGCUCCAGUGAUGUCCCAGACUGCACCACAGCCCUCCAGAACCAUCAGCAUCACAGGCCGGGCCACAGGCAUGAAGACACCCAAGGUUACCGCCAAGGUCGUUCCUCAGACUGAGGGAAAGAAGACAACAUCUGCCCAGGAGGAAAGACUGAAAAAACUUAAGGAAUGGCGAGAAACAAAAGGAAUUUCUUACAAACGUCCUCCGAUGCAGGUGAAAACUCCAGUCAGGUGUACUGUGUCUGUACCCCAUCCUUUCUGGGCCUCCAUGAAGACAGAAGAUGAGGCCCGUUCACUCAUCUAUGCUGUGGACAAGUCCCUCGCUGACUGCAUCAAACUGCUUGCUGAGGGCUGCCCUCCAGACCAGGUGAAACAGAUCAUCUCUCGGUUGCCACCGGUGUCUCAGAAGUUUGCCAAAUACUGGAUCUGUAAGGUUCGUGUGAUGGAGCAAGAAGGAAACCUGGAUGUCCUGCCCAUGUUUGAAGAGGCCGUUCGUGUUGUGUUGGAGCCUGUAGAUGAGCUGCGAACAGUGGUGUUUGACAUUCUGAAGAAAAGAGACGAGAGCCGAGGGGAUGAAAAACAAGGAGCAACGUCUGAAAAGGCUCCAGAUGGUGUUAACGACCCCCUGAUGACCCCUAAACCUGUCAGAGCGCUCAUUAACGGAGAGAGAGGAGGCUCCUCGGUAAUCAAGUACAAGAUCACCUUGACUCCUGGCGGUCCUCCGACUCAGCAGAGAGUACCAGUACGAGUCAACGGCCAGGAAGUCCGCUUCUUCACUCCAGUUCGACGGUCGGCACGAAUCGAACGGGCCUCGCUCCGAUACCCGCCGUCCCUCCAGGAUCACGACAUCUGCGUCGCCUCGUACAGUGACCUCAUCGCUGAGGAGGAGAAGGAAGCGAGUGAUGAGCGAAAGAGCGGGGAGGACGUCUCGCCCGCUGACGACACGCUGAUGUACGUUUACAGAGAGAACGAGGCGCUCGGGGACAAAGUUUCUGUCCGGCUCGUUUGUGAUGACAGUAUUUAA